CCUCCUUCUGCCUCUCCUGGCCCGCCUACCCGGGAACUCCCCGCCCGGAGCCUCCGGGAGGGGAGCGGUGCAACCCGCCCGCGUCAUCUGAUGCUGUUUCCUGCAGGACGGAGAAGAGCGGAAAAAAGUGAAACUCCACCCUCCACCUCUGCCUCCCGCCCCCGGGGCCAAAGUACAAAGGGAGGAGGAAGAAGGGAACGGGGUCGGAGCCGUCGGGGCCAAAGGAGCUGGGGCCAGGAAGAGGCAGCCUCGGUCCAACUGGGGACUCUCCCUCCACCCCCUGCGCAAAAAGACCCAACCGGAAUCCAGGCGUUGCCCCUGGCAGGCCCCACCUUACACUUGGCGGGUGCUGGAGCCAGGCUCCCAGGACUGCUCCGGGACCGAGGGAAGCUCGGACCCCUCCAAGCCAGCCAUGGUGAGGCACCGGAGGCCCCGGGGCCCCACCCCCCCAGCCUGACCACACUGCCCUGGGUGCCCUCCUCCAGAAGCCCGAGAUGCGGGGGGCCGGGAGGCGGCACUCCUGGCUCCCCAGAGAGGCGUGGGUCUGGGGCUGAGGGCCAGGGCCUGGAUGCCCAGGUUCCGGGACUAGGGCCUCAGCAGCCAGCAGGGGUGGGGACCACGGGCACCCAGAGAAGGUCCACCAUAUAUUCCAACGCCGGCUCCCGGCCAUGGAGCCUUUGAAGAACCUCUUCCUCAAGAGUCCGCUGGGGUCAUGGAAUGGCAGUGGCGGUGGGGGCGGUGGAGGUGGAGGUGGAGGCCGGCCGGAGGGGUCUCCAAAGGCAGCGGCUUAUGCCAACCCAGUGUGGACAGCCCUGUUUGACUACGAGCCCAGUGGACAGGACGAGCUGGCCCUGAGGAAGGGUGACCGUGUGGAGGUGUUGUCCCGGGACGCAGCCAUCUCAGGAGAUGAGGGAUGGUGGGCGGGCCAGGUGGGUGGCCAGGUAGGCAUCUUUCCAUCCAACUAUGUGUCUCGGGGUGGCGGCCCGCCCCCCUGCGAGGUGGCCAGCUUCCAGGAGCUGCGGCUGGAGGAGGUGAUCGGCAUUGGUGGCUUUGGCAAGGUCUACCGUGGCAGCUGGCGAGGCGAGCUGGUGGCCGUGAAGGCAGCUCGCCAGGACCCCGAUGAGGACAUCAGUGUGACAGCUGAGAGUGUUCGCCAGGAGGCCCGGCUUUUCGCCAUGCUGGCACACCCCAACAUCAUUGCCCUCAAGGCCGUGUGCCUGGAGGAACCCAACCUGUGCCUGGUGAUGGAGUACGCAGCUGGUGGGCCCCUGAGCCGUGCUCUGGCUGGGCGACGCGUGCCCCCCCAUGUACUGGUCAACUGGGCCGUGCAGAUUGCCCGUGGGAUGCACUACCUGCACUGCGAGGCCCUGGUGCCUGUCAUCCACCGAGACCUCAAGUCCAACAACAUUCUGCUGCUGCAGCCCAUUGAGGGUGACGACAUGGAGCACAAGACCCUGAAGAUCACAGACUUUGGCCUGGCCCGAGAGUGGCACAAAACCACACAAAUGAGUGCUGCAGGCACCUAUGCCUGGAUGGCCCCCGAAGUUAUCAAGGCCUCCACGUUCUCUAAGGGCAGUGAUGUCUGGAGCUUUGGGGUGCUGCUAUGGGAACUGCUGACUGGGGAAGUGCCCUACCGUGGCAUUGACUGCCUUGCCGUGGCCUAUGGCGUGGCUGUUAACAAGCUCACACUGCCCAUCCCAUCUACCUGUCCCGAGCCCUUCGCACAGCUCAUGGCCGAGUGCUGGGCGCAGGACCCCCACCGCAGACCCGACUUCGCCUCCAUCCUGCAGCAGUUGGAGGCGCUAGAGGCACAGGUCCUACGGGAAAUGCCGCGGGACUCGUUCCAUUCCAUGCAGGAAGGCUGGAAACGCGAGAUCCAGGGCCUCUUUGACGAGCUGCGGGCCAAGGAAAAGGAACUACUGAGCCGCGAGGAGGAACUGACUCGCGCGGCGCGCGAGCAGCGGUCACAGGCGGAGCAGCUGCGGCGGCGCGAGCACCUGUUGGCCCAGUGGGAGCUAGAGGUGUUCGAGCGCGAGCUGACACUGCUGCUGCAGCAGGUGGACCGCGAGCGGCCGCACGUGCGGCGCCGCCGCGGCACUUUCAAGCGCAGCAAGCUCAGGGCGCGCGACGGCAGCGAGCGCAUCAGCAUGCCACUCGAUUUCAAGCACCGCAUCACCGUCCAGGCCUCCCCCGGCCUUGACCGGAGAAGAAACGUCUUCGAGGUCGGGGCCGGGGAUUCGCCCACCUUCCCGCGGUUCCGGGCCAUCCAGUUGGAGCCAGCAGAACCAGGCCAGGCAUGGGGCCGCCAGUCCCCCCGACGGCUAGAGGACUCAAGCAAUGGAGAACGGCGAGCUUGCUGGGCCUGGGGUCCCAGUUCCCCCAAGCCUGGGGAAGCCCAGAAUGGGAGGAGAAGAUCCCGCAUGGAUGAUGCCACGUGGUACCUGGAUUCAAAUGACUCCUCCCCCUUAGGAUCUCCUUCCACACCCCCAACACUCAACGGUAACCCCCCGCGGCCGAGCCCAGAGCCGGAGGAGCCAAGGCGACCCAGCCCAGCAGAGCGCGGCAGCAGCUCCGGGACGCCCAGGCUGAUCGAGCGCGCAUUGCUGCGCGGCACCGCCCUGCUCGCCUCACUGGGCCUGGGCAGAGACCUGCAGCCACCAGGGGGCCCAGGCCGCGAGCGUGGGGAGCCCCCGCCAAUGCCUCCCACACCAGUGCCCACGCUGUGCCCCGCCGAGCUUCCCCCUUCCCCGCUCGUGCGCCUCUUGCCCAAGACGCCUGACACCCCACCCACCCCUGCGCCCCUGCUGCUGGACCUGGGUGUCCCUGCGGGCCAGCGGUCAGCCAAGAGCCCCCGGCGCGAAGAGGAGAUGCGCGGAGGCACUGUCUCACCCCCACCAGGGACGUCACGCUCCGCUCCCGGCACCCCAGGCACCCCACGCUCACCGCCCCUGGGCCUCAUCAGCCGACCUCGGCCCUCACCCCUUCGCAGCCGCAUUGACCCAUGGAGCUUCGUGUCAGCUGGGCCACGGCCUUCACCCCUGCCCUCACCACAGCCUGCGCCCCGCCGGGCACCCUGGACCUUGUUCCCAGACUCGGACCCGUUUUGGGACUCCCCACCUGCCAACCCCUUCCGGGGAGGCCCCCAGGACUGCAGGGCGCAGACCAAAGACAUGGGUGCCCAGGCUCCAUGGGUGCCAGAGGCAGGGCCUUGAGUGGGCCAGGCCACUGCCCCACGCUCCAGCCACCUAGAGGAGCCACAGCAUACACUGGAAUGGGAGCCAGGCCAGCCUCUAGCUGCCUAGGUUUCCCCCAGGGACUCCACCCCCCUUUGGGGGUCAGGAACACUACACUGCACAGGAAGCCUUCACACUGGAUGGGGGGCCUGCACCCGCCACACCUGCAACCUGUAGGUCCCCCUGACUUACCUGCCCCCCACUGGGGCCCAACACUGUACCCAGCUGGUUGGGAGGACCAGAGCCUGUCUCAGGGAAUUGCCCCCAGGGGUGGUGCAGGGAGGAGGGGAGGUGCAGGGGAGAGGGGCUGGCCUCAGCUAUCACCAGCACUUUUGACCAAGUCCUGCUACUGUGGCCCCUGCCCCAGGGCUUAGUGCCUAGGUCCCCCUGUUCUGGGGGUCUCCUGGGGCCAGGGCUCUCUGGGUGCCUUCCUGCUGCCCCAGCCAGGGUUGGGGCCUUAGCCUUGGGAUCCAAUGAAGCCAAAUAAACUCUUAAGCUGUCUCCCCAAA